UAGAACGUUCUUACCAAACGAUGACUUAGCCCAUCACCGAUGGUUGCUUAACUGAGAGAUUCCAAGCUUUCUCCCUCUUUCUCUCUCUGACUCUGAAAACUUGAAGCUAUGGCCAAGAUUACACUAUUGUUCCUGACAGUAGUCCUAAUUUACUUUAUCCUAACCCUUUUGUCAACAGAAUCAGCUCCUGAAGAUGCACUUGUCUCCCAGAUUCCUGGUUUUACUGACAAUUUUCCUUCCAAACACUUCUCUGGUUAUGUGACUAUAGAUGAAAAUCAUGGGAAGAAACUGUAUUAUUACUUUGUCCUCUCUGAAGGUAAUCCCACAAAGGAUCCAGUGGUUCUCUGGCUCAAUGGUGGCCCUGGUUGCUCUAGCUUUGAUGGAUUUGUCUAUGAGCACGGACCAUUCAAUUUUGAAAUGGGAGAGACAAAGGGAAGCCUUCCCAAACUACAUCUCAAUCCAUAUAGCUGGUCCAAGGUUUCCAACAUCAUAUAUUUGGACUCUCCAGCUGGUGUUGGAUUUUCUUACUCGGGAAAUAAAUCCGAUUACAUUACUGGAGACCUGAAAACUGCUUCCGAUUCACACACAUUUCUCCUCAAGUGGUUCGAGCUGUACCCGGAAUUCCUUUCCAAUCCAUUUUUUAUUUGUGGAGAGUCAUAUGCUGGAGUGUAUGUGCCUACUCUGGCCUAUGAAGUCAUGAAAGGAAUUAAUGCUGGUGAAAAGCCUGUUCUCAAUUUCAAGGGUUAUAUAGUGGGAAAUGGAGUUACGGACGAGGAGUUUGAUGGAAAUGCUCUUGUUCCGUUUGCAUAUGGGAUGGGCCUCAUCUCACAAGACCUAUUUGAGGAAGUUACUUCUGAGUGUCAAGGAAACUACUAUAAUCCAGCAACUGACAAUUGUGAAAACAAGCUUGCAAAAGUCGACAAAACCAUUGAAAGUCUAAACAUAUACAAUAUUCUGGAGCCAUGCUAUCAUGGCACAGAAAUUUUAGAGAUGACUACUGGUAAUACGAAGUUGCCACUGAGCUUCAGGAAAUUAGGUGAGACUGAAAGACCCCUUCCUGUAAGGAAAAGGAUGUUUGGGCGUGCAUGGCCUCUUAGAGCUCCAGUAAGAGAUGGAAUUGUUCCAACUUGGCCACAACUUCUUCAAAGUAAUAAUGUCCCAUGUACUGAUGAUGAAGUUGCAACUUCAUGGCUCAACAAUGAAGCAGUUCGGAAAGCAAUUCAUGCUGAACAAGGAAGUGUGGCGGGCAGUUGGGAGUUAUGUACUGGCAGAAUCCUAUUCCGCCAUGAUGCUGGAAGCAUGAUCAAGUAUCACAAGAACCUCACUUCCAAGGGAUAUCGAGCGCUCAUAUUUAGCGGUGACCAUGACAUGUGUGUUCCAUACACUGGGAGUGAAGCAUGGACAAGAUCAGUUGGAUAUAAGAUUGUUGAUGAAUGGCGGCCUUGGACUUCCAAUGGACAAGUCGCUGGAUUCCUACAAGAAUAUGAGAACAAUCUCACCUUUCUCACCAUAAAGGGAUCUGGACAUACUGUUCCAGAGUACAAACCACGCGAAGCAUUGGACUUUUAUAGCCGUUGGUUGAUGGGAAAAACAAUAUGAAAUAACUUUAAUGGUUUUUCAAAUGAAAUAUUAAUUUUUCAUUUUCUAUUUUGGUUGUCCUGGCCGACAACUAUGAGAACGGUGGAAAAGCUAAAUUAUAAACAAAUUUAUAAUUGAACUAGAGAAUAACCUUAAUUUAGAAAUUUUUAUGUAUUAUUGGACUGGACUGGACUGAACUGAACUGAACUUAUUAUCUAUCCACCAGCCUCUUUGCCUUCUACCAAAGAGCAUUGUGUUUCCAUUUUGUUUGUAACAAUAAAGCACACAUAAAAUUUUAGUGUAUGGUAGUGUAAGAGGAACUUUGAUUUUA